UAUUGCGCUGCCGUGCGCGACGCAGAACGAGCUGGAGCUUGAGGAUGCAAGGAACCUGAUCAGGAACGGCGUCAGCGCCGUUGCGGAGGGCGCGAACAUGCCGACGACGAUGGAGGCGACCACGGAGUUCAUCAAUGCCGGCGUCCUGUUCGCCCCCGGGAAGGCUUCCAACGCCGGUGGGGUUGCCGUCUCUGGCCUAGAGAUGACGCAGGACGCCAUGCGCCUGGGAUGGACCGCGGAGGAGGUGGACAAAAAACUCCACGAUAUCAUGAACUCCAUCCAUGACGCGUGCGUGAAGUACGGCACUGAGGGCAACACGACGAAUUACGUGAAUGUGACCAACAUCGCUGGCUUCGUCAAGGUCUCGGAGGCGGUGAAGGGCGUUGACGUUGUUUGA